AUGGCCGAGCAGCACAAGAUUCUACCCGUCAAGGGCGAGAGGAACAUUCUCAUCACGAGUGCACUGCCUUACGUGAAUAACGUUCCCCAUUUGGGAAAUAUCGUUGGUAGUGUCCUCAGUGCUGACGUCUUCUCACGAUACAACAAAGCCAGGGGUCGUCCUACGCUGUUCGUCUGCGGCACGGAUGAGUAUGGUACCGCGACUGAGACCAAAGCACUGGAGGAGAAGGUGACACCUCGCCAGCUGUGUGACAAGUACAACAAGCUACAUACAGAAAUCUACGAAUGGUUUGAGAUUGAGUUCGAUCACUGGGGUCGGACGUCGACACCGGAGCAGACCGAUAUCACCCAGGACAUCUUCCGCCGACUCUACCAAAAUGACAAUCUUGUAGAACGAACCUCGCUACAACCCUAUUGUACUGGCGAGGAAGGAACCGAACAUGGCUUCCUUGCAGACAGGUUCAUUGAGGGAACCUGUCCAAAGUGCGGAUACAACGAUGCCCGCGGUGAUCAAUGCGACAAAUGCGGCUCUGUUGACUACGAACCUUUGGAUCUGAAGAGUGCCCAUUGCAAGAUCCACCCUAAGGUUACACCAGUCGCUCGCGACACAAAACACAUACAUAUCAAGCUGGACAAAUUGCAGCCCGACAUUGAAAAAUGGUUCGCCAAAGCGCAUGUCGAUGGGUUCUGGUCGAAGAAUGGGCAGGUCAUCACCGAUUCCUGGCUGAAGACUGGGUUACGAGAUAGGGGCAUCACCAGGGAUCUUCACUGGGGUACGCCUAUCCCUUUGGAUGUCUUUGAAGACGAGAAGGACCGCGAGACAUUCAAGGAUAAAGUCUUCUAUGUUUGGUUCGAUGCUUGUAUAGGGUAUGUAUCUAUUACUGCCACGUACACCAAGGACUGGGAGCUAUGGUGGAAGGAUCCCGAGAACGUUCGUCUGUACCAAUUCAUGGGCAAAGACAAUGUACCAUUUCACUCUGUCAUUUUCCCAGGCUCACAACUGGGGACGAGGCAAAAUUGGACAAUGCUUCAUCACCUCUCCACCACGGAGUAUCUCAACUAUGAGGAUGGGAAAUUCUCCAAAUCCAGAGGAAUUGGUGUUUUCGGCAACAACGCGAAAGAUAUUGGCCUACCUCCAGAUGUAUGGCGUUACUAUUUACUCAAACAUAGGCCAGAGACAGCAGAUUCCCAAUUUGAGUGGAGAGAUUUUAUUGCCCAGAAUAACAACGAAUUGUUAGCCAAGCUUGGAAAUUUUGUCAACCGUAUCAUCAAGCUUACUAAUAACAAACCCUACAAUUCCAUUGUCCCUGAAUACAACCACUUGUUCUCUGACUCCAGAUUUGACGAAGUAAAAGCCAAAAUCAAUGAGUUUCUUUCAAAAUAUAUCGAACAGCUUGAAGCAGUCAGAUUGAAAGAUGGGUUGCAGACUGCCAUGGACAUCGCACAAGAGGGCAACAAUUUCAUACAGAGUAAUCGCUUAGACAACAAGCUCGUGGCGAAUGAGCCUCAACUCGCAGCAGCGGUGGUUGGCAUUGCGGUCAACAUCGUUUACCUUUGUGCCAGCAUUUUCGCCCCUUACUUGCCAGCAACUACCAAGUCGAUCUUAGGGCAGCUUGAUGCGCCACUUCUCCAGAUACCCGACCAUUGGACGGCGGAUGACAUCAAGUCCGGCCAUCAGAUCGACAAAGCCCGGUACUUAUUCUCGCUGAUUGAUGUGAAGAAGGAAGAAGAAUGGCGAAAUCUUUUUGGCGGUACUCAAGAGGCGCGAGCCAAGAAAGAGGAAGAAGCUGCCAAAAAGAAAGCUCAGAGGGAGGCUGAUAGGGCGAAGAAAGCUGCCAAACGGGCUGCUGCCAAAUCAAACCAUGAACAGCCGCAGGUUAAGCCAGUGGAGAAGCACAGCGUCGAGUCAACUGCUGUCGGAGGCGCUCAGCCGGCGGAAGGCCGCGAGCCAGUGGAUAAUGUCACCGACGGGUAUUUCGCUAAAUUGACCCUUAUGACGAAUGAUUGCAGUACUGACGCGCUGACAGAUUUCGGCAAGUGA